AUGGAGAUGAUACCAGUAGUUUUCCUUUUAUUUGUUUCCGGUACAGUAUUUGCCAAUGUGCCAAUCUCUGAGUUCUUUCCUUUUGGACAAGAUACAAAGGAUACAUUGCUUCAUUCAAACGACGAUGGGUCUUCACCGGUUCAGAACAUAUCAGUUGUAUUUGAAUUCUUCUCUGAACAUCGAAGGCAGCUCUUUGUGAAUACAAAUGGACUUGUAUCGUUUAAGAAUUCUAUUAGAACAUAUACACCAGAACCGUUUCCAAACAUUGGUGCGCUAGUUGUACUUGCACCUUUUUGGGCUGAUAUAGAUACUAGCAGCUGUGAUUCAACAUGCAGUAUAUGGUAUAGAGAAUCAAGAGAACUAGUAGACCUCAGCACGGCUACUACAGAAAUCCGAAAGUAUUUUCCUGUAAUGAAACAUUUUAUUGCAGAAUGGACAUUUAUUGUCACCUGGUACAAGGUGCCAUACUUUGGAGCAUCAUCUUCUGAAAUGGAAAAGAGAAAUACGUUUCAGGCCGUUUUGAUUACAGAUAGCAAAAGUGCUUUUGUGAUUUACAACUAUGAUAAGAUAGAAUAGAUAGCAUCUAGUGAUAUACCUGCUCAGGUUGGAUUUAAUAUGGGGGACGAUAUUCACUUCUAUUCUGUAGAAGGUUCUAGAACAUCACAAAUUAUCAAUUUACCUAAUCUAUCAAACGUCGGAUAUCCAGGAAAGUUCGUGUUUAGAGU